AUGGUAGGAUACGUUCCUGAGGAGAAAAGGCUUUUGAAACUACAUAUAGCUGAAAAGCUCACUGUUGACCAUGUUAUGAGCAAGAUGGAAAAGAAGAGCACAAACUCCGGCACAGUACAGGAAGUAGAAGGGAACAAAUGUGAGGAUGAAACAGAUGCAGCGAAGCCUCCGAAACAAGAGGAUCUCUUCUGUGAGGCAUCAUCGUUACACGAAAAGAUGUUAAUGUUUAGUAAAGAAUUGAAUACACUGAUUAAACGACGUAAGAGAACGGACGACGAGUGCCGUCAGACCGCUUUGGAGAUCUCAGUGUCGCCAUAG